AUGAUCAGUUUUCUUUGGACUUGCGGAGUUGUUUCUUCAAACAUCUCAACGCCAAGUGUGAAACCGGUUUAUGGUGCACGAUAUCCACCUUUACAACACGACAUACCUAUUGGAAGUCCUACAAAGGAUUUGGCUAAAACGAAGACAUUUCAGGAUUAUGAAAACAGUGUGUCAGAUGCUUGGGACACGCGGGUUCUUGUCGAUGAUGCGCUUGCAUCCGCGUCAGCUGCUCGAGUACUAGCUGCCCAUGCGGCUGGAAAGACCAGAGAAGAGGUGAGGAUAGUAAAAAGCAGGAAAAUCCCAUAUCUUAAAAAGACACUUUUGCGAGUUCAUCAGAGAUUUUGGUUUUCGGCUCACGAACAUCUCUACUUCAUAUGCAUCAAUAGCUUGCAAUCUCCUCAGGCUCGGCCAGAUUUCGCUGAAAAGGGCCAAAAGUACCCUACAGCGCCUAAAAUUCUCCGAUCUCUCCUUAUUCAUGCGUUUUAUGCCAUCCUCGUAGAUCCCAUACCUACAUCUGUGCCAGCCCCUCCAUUGACUGCUAAUCCUAUAUAUCCAAAAUUGCCAGAAAUCUCUGGUGAUCAAGUCCGUUCAACAGUGUCAGCGGUAAAAUUAUCUUCCCAAGAAGGAGAACGCGACCAGACGCGAUUUGAACGGCUUCGGCGUUUAUUUUCUGUGGGAAAGUCGAAUGGCCGCAAUUCACCACCAGCCGAUAUUGAUAUGGAGCAAUUGAGAAAAGAUUGCUGGAUGGGGAUUCCGCACAAGUUGCGACCGCAGGCUUGGCGUUUGCUUUCGGUACGGCUUUGGGUGUUGUUUUUGUCUAAAAGCUUCAUAUAUACUUUUUCCUUGUUCUGCGCAUUGCAUCCCACGUUAUAUUGA